AUGCCGAGUGCGCAGUUCAAGGUCAACGACCUGGUCUUUGUGCCAUGCCCGGAAGGCAAAGCAGAGGAGGGGCCCUUCUUGUCGGGCGUUGUUUGCGAAGCACCGGAGGAGGGCGAUCUGGUCGUGAAGGUCGGUAAGGCGCAGCAGCGCGUCCCAGCAUCGAACCUACGCCGGAGGUUUAUCCGUGACGAUGGCGCGACCUGCCAAGACAACACCGCCUUAGUGCACCUGAACGAUGCGACGAUCCUGGAGAAUCUGCGAGCACGACAUGAGGCUGAUGAGAUCUACACCUACACAGCCAGCGUGCUCCUUGCAGUGAACCCGUACCAUGAUGUGACCGGGUUGUACGGCGAGGCACAGUGCGCCCGAUACCGUGGGAAGCACAUCGGAGCACUGCCACCGCAUCCCUACGCCAUCGCAGACACAGCCUACAGGGCCCUGGUACGAGAUCGCAAGAACCAAGGCUUCAUUAUCUCUGGAGAAAGCGGUGCUGGAAAGACCGAGACGGCAAAAAUUGUCAUGGAGUACUUGGGCUACGUCUCCGGGUCAACCAACCAGAUGACUGCCCAGAUCCAGAGGCGAGUGCUACAAGCACAGCCGAUCCUGGAGUCAUUCGGAAAUGCUGUUACCAUGAGGAACAACAAUUCCUCGCGCUUCGGAAAGUACAACAGCAUCUUCUUCGAUGAGGAUGGCACAUUGUGUGAUGCCAGUGUUACCACAUACCUCUUGGAAAGCUCUCGGGUCGUCGUGCAUGCGAAGCGCGAAAGGACGUACCACUGCUUCUACGAGAUGCUUAGUGGUUUACCCGAUGAGAAGCUGAAGAAGCUGCACUUGGACAGAGCGAAGUUGUACUUGUUGUUGGCGAACGAGGGCCAGGCAUCAGCCACUCAGGAGGAGACCAGCGAGGAGAAGCGAUUCCAUGCUCAGUUCAAGGAUCUCGACCUCCGCAACUUCAACCGGCUGUGUGUUGCUCUCCGCGAUGUCGGCUUCAGUGAGGAGGACAUCGACCUGACCUUCCAGGUGCUUGCUGGCCUGGUCCACUUGGGUGAUUUAUCCGGGGCCGAGAGGGACGACGAUGACGAAAGUGCCACCAUCCAGCUCGACGAAGAGACUUUGGAGAAGGCGGCCGAGUUGCUCGGCAUUGACCCUUCCGAACUCGGCAGUGCCUUGCGCCGGCGCAAGGUGAAGGUCACCCGUGUUGGUCGGGAGUCGAUCCAUGAGGUCCCUCGAACAACUCUUCAGUUCCGCCAUGCCCUGUUCAGCCUCAUCAAGGCGCUUUACAAACGGCUGUUUGAGCGCCUCGUGGCCCGCAUCAACGGUUCGUUCUCCGAGCUGCGAAAGCCUGCCACCGGAGAGGACGAAGUCGAGCGCUGCCAGAUUGGCAUCCUGGACAUCUACGGCUUCGAGCGUCUUCAGCGCAACUCUUUCGAGCAGUUGUGCAUCAACUUGGCGAACGAGCGCCUCCAGCAAUACUUCGUGGAGAAUGUCCUCACUGCAGAGCAGAAUUUGUACCGCCGGGAGGGAUUGCCUUGGACCGGUCUGACCCUACCCGACUCGACCCCUGUUGUCACAGCCAUCGCCUGCACCUUCAAGACGCUGGAUGAGUACAGUCAGCAGCUUGCCAAAGGCUUUGAGAAGACCUCAGACGAGGGCUUCUGUCAGAAGACUGUGGAGGAAGCCCAGAAGGACCCACAGCGCAAGGAAGUCUUGAAGCCGCUGAAGAUGUCUAACAAGCGUGGAAGCUCAGCAGGCUUGGCCAUGAACGAGGGCUUCAUCGUCAAGCACUAUGCCGGACAGGUGGAGUACAACACGAAGGGUUGGUUGGACAAGAACAACGAUCGCCUCCUCGUCGAGUGCGAGGAGUUGAUUUGCGGCUCGGAGUGCAACUUUGUACGGACCUUGGGAGACGACGAGAAGAGCAAGGUGCUCUUCCGCUCCAUCAGCAAGAAGUACUCGGCGGACCUGGAAAACUUGCUGAAAACGCUCAACCAGUGCCAUCUGCACUAUAUCCGCUGCUUCAAGCCUAACGAGCUCCAAAAGCGCAGCAUCUUCAACGACAAUCUGGUGCUGGACCAGAUCGUUCAGUGUGGAACCAUUGAGUUGGUCAAGAUCAUGCACGAUGGGUAUCCCAACCGCUGUGUCUUCGACGAACUGGUAUCUCGUUUCCGCAGCUUGCUGCCGGACAGCUUCCAGCGGUACGGGAACCGCACCUUCAUCGAAGCACUCAUGCUGGCCUACGACGUGCCCAAAGAGGACUGGGCUUUGGGAAUGUCCCGGCUCUUCCUGAAAGCCGGGCAGCUCAAGGCUCUGGAGGAUCUCCGCUCCAAAGGCGCCAAGCCUGACACAGAGAAGCUGCAGCAGAUUGUCCGCGGCAUCGUCCGAAAGAGGUGGCUCAGAGCAGGCCAUGCUGUGCGGCUCUGCAACUAUUUCCCGAGGUUCCUCUCCGCCAUCCGUGCAGCACAAGCGGUGCGCGCUUUGGCGACUCGGGCCCUUUUGGUAGGUCGGCUUCAGAAGCUUCGGGAAGCCGCGAGGCAGAAGAUGGCCCUACGCCGACGCUUCCAGGUCUUGGUGCGCGUGGCCGUGCUGACCAAGCGCUUCGUCGACAAGUUGAGCACGAAGGUUCGACGGCAACGUGCCUGGAAACGCUUGA